GGGAGAGAGGGAGAGAGAAACACGGGAUUAUGAGAGAGAUGAAACGAUGGAGAGGUGAAGGAGCGCAGGAGGGGACAGAGCGGUUUUCCCAGGCCCUGCAGUCAGACCUGCAGUCAGAGAGGAAACAGCCAUCUGCGCUGAGUGAUUCAUUUUGGACCUGCACUCAGAAACCAGAGGACUCAGGCAGGGAGAGGGGACACGCUGGAAAAGAGAAGCAGAGGAAGAGAACAACACAGGAACACAGAGAAGACAUAGUCUUGGGCACCACUGAAAGAAUACACUCAGUUCUUUACAUCUUUACAGUCACCAUCGCUGAACAAGCCUUAUGCGUUGCGUAUGGCUACAGUCAGCAUAUACGUGAUGUGCACAGUCUCACGCCUCUGUCAAUGGAGAUGACUAUGAGGGCAACACCUGGCUUUCAAAUUGCUUGAACUCUCCGAUAAAGAUGGCAAACAAUGGAGUUGUUGUUUUAUUUUUUGAGUGGAAGCAAUUACAAGCCACUGUUGUGAAAUAUAUCAGUCAUUUGUUUAUUUUUUCCGUUGUUGUUUGCCAUAAACACUUGGAUUAGCUACGAAGCUAAUGUUUGUGCCCCCAUUCCACGAGUAAAUCCACAAACAAGCGUAGAUGUCCGACAAGACUGUAGAUUCUCUUUUACUGGUAUUCAAGAACUUUAGCCCCACCUCCUAGAGAUUGUCACUUCCUCCAGGCGUCCCGGGAAACAUGGGAGUUGUAGUUUAUUGUGUUUCUUUACACGUGCGGCCGACGUUCUCAACAUGAUCAAUCGCUGAAAAGGGGAAACAGGACAAUAUAUAUAAUCAGAAGCAGGGAGUCGCCUGCUUCCCGGGACGCCCGGGGGUGAAGCUGAUGGAGACGACACCCGCCGCGUGCGCACCUGGCUGGUGCCAGUAACCCUGCAGCCUCCCCCUCCACUCUCCGGCCCGCCUGCUCUGUCCCCCGUAUGACCUCUGGGUGCUUUCGGGAGGAGCUGGAGCUGUGACGAGCGCUGCCUGGUCGGGGCCCCGUUUCUCCGCCGAGCACUUCCAGGGAGCGACGGACCCAGCGAGGCCCCGUUUGUCUUCUGCCUUCUUUCGCUCCUGCAGCGAGCCGGGUUUUCCAUGCACCAGUGCCUACGGAUGAGUGAAUGAAGAGGUGAUGCACAGGUAGGUUCGGACCAGGGAAUCUGGACGCUGAACCGGAGGGGUCGCGGGUUCGAAUCCCAGGUGCCAGGCUGCUGCUGCCCACGAGGGGCGAUCCCCUUCACCCAGACUUCUCCAGCGAGGUUCCUAGAUGUGGGGCCGCUGAUCUGAGCGAGACUCUGUUCUCCGUUGACUCUUGCUGCAGAGCAAGAAUGAGAGCUGGGCACUGCUGGGUGACGUCCUGCAGCAGAAAGUGUCACCCGGUUCGCAGGGCAGCAGACUCGGGGGCAACUAGCACAGCUCUCCGGCCAGGGGUGACCCCGGCCUCACAGGUCUCCUGCUUCCUGCUGCCGAGAGGGUCAGCCUGAGGCUGCAAAGGGGGGAACCAGCAGCGAACAGCGUCGUAGACAUGCACACCUCCUGCGGCAGGGAGGAGAGCAGGUCCUUCUCCCUCUGCGGAGCCCCGAGCCCGGCAGCCUAGGGAGGGAACACAGAGAGCAGGCCUUCCCUUUCUUCAAGCGAGACGUCUCCGCCCCCGUUGGCCGAAGAGGUCGGGCUGGCCGGCUGACCGGAGCCCGCCGUGUCCGAGAGGCGCGCCCGGCCGUCGGAGAUGCCCGGCGGGAAACCCGUCUCCCGCGGCCAGCGGCUGUGAGUAAGAGCCGCGCCGGGAAACCAGCGGGAAGAGACGCUUCCACCCCCAGCGGGGGCGUCCGGGGACAGCCAGCGAGGAGCCCCGCCCCCCCCCCCGUCCCUCCCUCUCUCGGCCCUGUACGCGGCGGCUCCGGCCCGCCGGCGAGACCCGCGGCCCAGGAUGAGCCGGAACCCCGACCCGGAGGGCGAGAGCUCCCAGCCGCUGGUCUACACCCUGGAGGAGCUGGAGUGCAAGAUCUGCUACAACCGCUACGACGCGCGAGCGCGCAAGCCCAAGGUGCUCAGCUGCCUGCACCGCGUCUGCGCCAAAUGCCUGAAGAAGAUGGUGGACGUGGGGGACUCCUCCCCCAGCAUCAUCAGCUGCCCCUUCUGCCGCCACGAGACCCACGUCCCCGACGAGGAGAUCUGGCUGCUGCAGGACGACAGCAACAUCCUGGCCAUCCUCACCUACCAGGACCGGGCCCGGAAGAGUGGGGCGGCUGGCACGCCGGGCGAGGUGGUGCUGACGCCCAACAGCCUGGGCGGCGGCGGGGGCACCCCCGGGGACCCCUCUCACAGCUCCUCCGACUGCCUGGUCAUCACCAUCAUGGAGGUGCCGGGGGACACGGCCUCCUCGGAGACCAUGAGCGUGCUGAACCUGGUGCGGCUGUACCGGCCCCCCAGCCUGGACUCGCUGCCCUGCCACCUGCCCGUGCAGAAGUGCCGGGCCUGGACCUCGCGUACCUUCCCGCGCUUCCUCAUCGGGGUCCUGUGCCUCAUCUACUUCAGCUCGCUGCCGCUGGGCAUCUACCUGCUCAUGAUCCAGCACCUGACGCUGGGGGUCAUCCUGGUCAGCCUGGUGCCCUCCACGCUGGUGCUCUGCGUCUUCUACGGCUUCUGCCAGUGCUUGUGCCACGAGAUCAUGGAGUCCAUCGCCACGUGACCGCCCCCCCCGCCCGGGGAGGGGGGGGGGCGGGGGCACGGCGGCCACAGGUCGCGACCCUGGCACCCUGUGUCGCCCCGUAUCCCGCCCGGCGUGGUGCCUGCCCCCUGUGCCAGCACCAGGAAGCAGUUGCAAGACUCUGCUUGUUCGCCCUCUUCGUUCAGCCUCCCGUUGGGCCGUUCGUGGAGCUAAAACGAGCCGUGCCAAGGCUGUCCGGGUCAUGCCGUCUCCCCGUGUGAGUGGCUGUGACACUCUUGGAAUGACCUCUGACCUCCGGAUGGGCGUAAUAGCGCUUUCAGACUGUAUUGAGACCAGCCCGAUUUUGUUACACAGAGUCUCUGCUCCAGAAAGAGGGCUGACCAUCAGCAUUACAGGUUCAAGACCGCAUUAAAAGUCAAGUUACCUUCUCUUUCCUUCUCAAUGCAUCAGUACCUCUAGCUCCACAGGGGCCAUGUGUUCUGUGUUCAGACAUUGUAUAGACAUGAUGAUAAGUGUUAUCAUGAUCAUGAUCAAUCAGCUAUACAACUGGAAGAUAGUGUCUGAUCAUCCUGCAUCCUGCAGACAGGAAACAGCACAUCAGCUUGCAGAGCUUGGUGCAAUUCUGUGAGCAAUACAGAGUGGUUUGCUUUCUAACAACCUAGCGCACACACUAUGUCUGCACACAUAAAGCAUAUAGUGUUCCUAUAUUUUUUUAAAAUGUUUAAAUUCGCCACAUUUACUGGCCUGUCUGUACCAUGCUCCAGAGCUGUAACUCCGUGUUUAAACACUUUGUCGUCGCUGAACGCGAAAGGACUGACACCACCAAGCCCAUCCCAAUAAAGACCCCGAACACAG